UCACGCUUGUCGCUUUACCUUGUCAACACAACCGGCUAUCAUUGAAGGAGCAAACUGAGAAGAAGAGUGCUGUUGUAUACCAUAUUAUCAGUUUCAAAUUUUCAUUGCACACCCAUACAACUCUCUUAUAAAGCAUAUGAUAAGUCAGACCAUAUUAGGACACAUAACUUCUGAUACAUAAAGCCCAAACAUAUCUCAUAACUGAGUGGAAAAGAUGGCCAAGUUUUCUGUGUUGUUAUGUUUUAGCCUGCUGCUGAUUUUCGGGUUUCCAGCUAUUGGCUCUGCAACAAAGGAAGAGAUUGGGAUGUAUGAGCUCAAGAAAGGAAAUUUCUCUAUGAAACUUACCAAUUAUGGCGCACAUAUUAUCUCCCUUCUUCUCCCUGAUAAAUACGGAAAGUUAGCUGAUAUUGUCCUUGGCUAUGAUACUAUUAAGGAAUACAAGAAUGAUUCAUCAAACUUUGGAGCCACCGUGGGACGAGUUGCCAAUAGAAUUGCUGGUGCUCAAUUUACUUUGAAUGGAACUCUAUAUAAACUAGUUGCUAAUGACGGGAAGAACACGCUUCAUGGUGGCCCUAAAGGAUUUAGUAAGGUUGUUUGGAAAGUGAAAAAGUACAGCCCUGAAGGACGUAAACCUUUCAUUGUCUUUGCCUAUCACAGCUUUGAUGGUGAAGAAGGAUUCCCCGGUGAUCUCCAUGUAAUUGUGGGAUACAAGCUCCUUGGAGACAACAAAUUGCGUAUAACAAUGAAAGCAAAAGCUCUAAAAAAGGCCACUCCAGUUAAUCUAGUUAACCAUGCCUAUUGGAACCUUGGUGGACACAAUAGUGGUGAUAUAUUGUCAGAGGAAAUUCAGAUCUUCGCUUCGCACUACACUCCUGUUGACAGCGAACUCAUUCCUACAGGAGAGAUUGUGACAGUGAAAGGAACACCCUAUGAUUUUCUCAAACCCAACACCAUCGGAAGCAAGAUCAACAAGCUCACUAAUGGCUAUGACAUCAACUAUGCACUUGAUGGAAGUGGAAACGACAAGUUGAAGAAAGCAGCAAUUGUGCAUGAUAAGAAGUCUGGAAGAAUGAUGGAGAUAUUAACAAAUCAACCAGGUGUGCAGUUCUACACAAGCAACACUUUGUACCAGAAGGGAAAAGGUGGAUUCGUGUACGAACCUCAUGGAGCUCUUUGUCUAGAGACUCAAGGAUUUCCUGAUUCAGUAAAUCAACCCAACUUCCCUUCACAGAUUGUGAAUCCAGGGACGUACUAUAAGCAUCAGAUGUUGAUUAAGUUUUCGAAUUUCUAGAUAAUUCGAGACACCAAACUUUCACAUGAAAAAAGCAAGAUGAUUGUGUGUUUUCAGAGUGCUUUUGGCAUAGUUUCGAAAUUGGAGGUCAUUUGUACUUUCUAUCAUCUAAAGUCAUGUGCUUAUGUUGCUCAAUGAAAUCAAUAAUUGCUGCAGAGUGCAGAGAUGUUGAAUACUCCAUAUAUAUUAAACAAUCUUCUUGGCCACCUUUCAGUA